UCCAUCACAUUACCAAGAGAAUCUCUAGAGGAUUUUAGGGCAGGGGGGAAAUGGACGCCAAGGACAUCCUUGGGCUGCCCAAGGGAGGGCCUGUGGGCGACAAGCGCGUCCGGGCGCCCAAGGAGACGGUGCCCAAGAAGCUCGAUCGUGUCUCCCGGGAGGUAUAUGCUCUCACUGGAGGUCUGCCGCCUCUGAUAGCCUCUGUGGAUACCAAGCAACGUCAAGCUUCGUCUCAAAAGAUUUCGUGGCAAUGGCUUCCUUUUGCGAAUUCGGCACGCACGGAUGGGUUGCAGCUAUCACAUUGGGUGCGAGUCGUGGACUCGGUGGUGCCGACCGGGGAUUACGCUUUCGCGAAGUACAAUAGAUCUGUGGCAGUCUUGAAGUAUACAGAUGACGAGUACAACAAGCACCUAGCAGAUACGAAAUGGACGAAACAAGAAACAGACCUUCUGUUCAGCAUGUGCGAGCAAUUCGACCUUCGAUUCGUUAUAAUAGCGGACAGGUUCUCUCCUCCACGUACUGUUGAGGAACUCAAGGAUCGCUACUACUCAGCGUCCAAAGCAAUAAUAUUAUCCAGGGCCACAACUCCUGAAGAGGUGGCUGACCAUCCGCAUGUGAAGGACGCAUACAACUUCAAUUAUGAAACGGAACGCAAGCGCGCCCUUGGCUUGCUAUUGUCUCAGUCGAGGCAACAGGAGCGGGAGGACGCGGAAGUACUCGCGGAGGCUAAGCGUAUUACCGAAGCCCGUCUGAGUAAAGUGGACGAGCAGGCAGAACAACCUUCUGCCCCUGGAACAGAUCUUACGCAGCCUUCUACUGAUACUGCAGCAGCAGCGACGUCUACCACUACUACUACUCGUGGGCAUCGCGUGUUUCUUCGAGGUCCUAAUUUGGGGCAAAUGGUACAAAGUAUGCUUUCGUCAGUUGGAGCACGGAUAGUGAAGCGUAUCGAGCAAAUACUACUUGAUGAACUUGGGGUUCGUUUGGAGCCGAAAAUUCCUACCGAAUCGAUAUGUCGUGAGCAUUUGGAAUUGAGAAGGGAAGUUCUCAAUCUAGUAAACCUUCAAAAGGCGGUUCAAUGGAACGAGGCGACUGUUUCAUUCAUGCGGGAAACACACCCAGAAGUUUCAACGCCUAAUACCCCGAAGAGGGGAUUUCGAGGAGGUGACCGUGCUGCUGCUGUAUCAGGAGAACGAAUAGGCAAGCGCGAUCACAAGCGCAAGGCUCCAGCAAGAUUUUCAGACACGCCUCCAUCUCCACCUCAGCAGAAACGUGCUCGCAAGUUGAAGUCAGAAAGCUGAGGAACGAAAGAGUGGUCUCCUUUUAUUUGAAGAACUUUCGAGUAAUAUCUCCGCGAUCAAAGCGGAUCUUGUUCUAUAGAAAGAAGAGAAAUCUCAUAGGGACGAGCCUCCCGCUCGGCGAUUGACCAGUCACACAAACGUAGCUUUCCUUGUCCAAGAAAAUCUGAGAUAUAAUAUACCGGAGGCACUUUGACACGGA